AUGGGCCGCUACUCCCACUACGACACGGACGAGGAGCGCCUCCCCGAGAACAUGACCCGCAUAGGCUACGACGCCGACACCCAGGUCUACACCUACCGCGACGAGUCCGACGGCUCCAUCUGGGAGGGCGCCCCCGGCUCCCGCUACGGCCAGAUGCACCGCGUCUCCGGCGGCCCGCCCGCCAGCCACGACCACGGCGGCGACGGCGCGAACAACCCUCCCCCCUACUCCGACACCCACCACACGGGCACCACCUACGCCGACUACGUCGACGGCGGCGGCAGCAGCCAGCCCCACCGCUCCUGGCGGCAGGAGAACAUGCCCCUGCUCAACUUCUUCCUCAUCAUCGGGCUCUUCCUCCUCGCCGUCUUCUACUUCAUGGGCGUGAGCUUCAGCGGCGGUGGAACUACCAAGCCCAUGUGCGGCGACGGGCAGGCAGAGUACGAGGUGCGCCGGGGGGACACGUGCUGGGCCAUCGCCGAGACGAGGGGCAUGAGCGUACAGGAGCUGACGGGCUUGAACCCGGGUGUCGACUGCGACAAGCUCGGUGUCGGGUCGGUGCUGUGCCUCCCCGGGAAGGCUCCCGCGGUUUGA